AUGAUUAUUGACGUUAUUUAUGCAGAUGCUAUAAACAAACUCACUUCUCAGGGGAAAAUUGCAGAUAUUUCUCGCAAAUUAUUAGUAGCAGAUAAUAACAGCGAUAGAGUUUUAUUAGUUUACGAUGUCUUUGAAGAAAGCAAAUUUUUCCCAAGUAUUUUGCAGCACCAUAAAAGUGAGAAAGUGUCUACACAUUAUCGUAACCUAGGCAACCAAUGCUAUCAAAAGAAAGAUCAUUAUAAGGCAUGGCAAUAUUAUAAUUUAUCAUUUCUUUAUGCCCCUUUGGAUUCAGAAAGCUAUGCACUAGCACUAUCUAAUAGGUCGGCUGUAUUUUUUUCAUUAGACAAAUAUGCUGAAUCUUUACAAGAUAUUGAACAUUGCUUUUCCUUAAAUUACCCUGAAAAAGUUCGGGAUAAAUUGAUAAAAAGGAAAGAGCUAUGUAAGGAAGCACUAAGUAGCGUUCAAGAUGAAGCAGAAAACCCAGAAGGAAAAGAUAUAUUAACAUUUAAGGGGGAAAAAAGUGAAAGAUAUGUUGGUGCCAGCACAAAACUUGAAGUUGUUUAUAACAAGGAAAUGGGUAGACAUGUUGUUGCAAAGGAAGAUAUUAGGGUUGGUGAAGUACUUGUUGAGGAGCAACCUUAUUUUGCAUUACUUUUAAAGCAACAGCUCCUUUUUGGUUGUAGCUAUUGUCUCUCUAGGAAACUGAAUCUAAUUCCUUGCAAAAAUUGUUGCUUUGCUCUUUACUGCAAUGAAGAAUGUAGCUCAAAAGCCUGGAAAGAGUAUCAUGAAGUAGAAUGUCCAUUGAUGGCUACGUUGGUGGAUAUGAAUUUCACCAAACUUGAAUUACUUGCUCUAAGAACUGUUAUUAAGGCUCGCACUGAUCAUCCAGAUUGGGAGUCUUUAUAUAAGACAAUCGAGGAAGCCGAGUCAAAUGUUGAUACAGAGUUUCAUGGUCAUGUAAAAGUUGGUGAUAAAUGGGUGUAUGACUCAAAAUAUUAUGCCUCAAUUCACACCUUAGCAACCAAUGUGGAGAGAAGAUCUAUAUCUGAUAUAUUUCAAAAAUCAGUAACUGCUGCUGUGUUUUUGAAAUUUCUUUUAGAUGAAACAAAUUUUAUGGAUGCUGAUACUGAAGAGGCCAAAGAAAAGAUAUGGCGAUGUGUGGCUGGUUUACUUUUGCUUCAUAGUAUGACUAGUCCAACAAAUAUGCAUGGUAUCAGUGCUAAUACAGAGGCUGGCGGGAAUGGGAAAUUUGGAGAUGUAAAUAUAGCCAGUGCACCUUAUGCAUUUCACAGCCUUAUAAACCACUCAUGUGCCCCAAAUGUAGUGAGGUACAGUCAGCUUGGUACCAGUAACAUGACAUUGUUUGCUUUGCGACCCAUUAAAAAAGGAAUGCAGUUAUAUGAUAAUUAUGGUUCCCAUCAUGCAAUAGAGGACCGCAUGGUGAGGCAGACUUCACUGCAGUUCCAAUACAAAUUCAUGUGCAUGUGUGAGGCGUGUGUUAACAACUGGCCCACAUACCUGACUAUGCGACAGAAGAAGAUUCCGCCGAAAAUAACCAGAAAUAAAAAUAAAUUUCUCAGUUACAACAUUAUUGAUAAGCUUCAGCAUGGCGAUAAAGAAACGGCAAUUAAAAUAUUUCGUAAGCUAUGUAGCCUUUGCGAAGAAUUGGAGAGUUACGCUCCUUGUAUUGAGCUAUGCGAUUGUCAGGAAGGUCUUAAACAAUGUUUGGUUAUUAUGGAGGGUAUCUUACCUUACGGUUGCAAUGAAAGCGUAGACUGGCAAAUGAAUGUAUUGUGACUGAAGCGUUUGAGGAACUGUUGCAGAUUCUUUAUUAUAUUCUCAGUAUUGCAAGCAACAUUACUAUAUUUUUAUAAUAUUAAUCUCACGGAAAUAUUUAUAUCUUUGCUACUUUAUAUAUUUGAUUGUCUUAAGACGGUUUUUGAGUAUAAUAUUUAUGAAUAUACUUUUGAAUAAGAUAUAUUAUCUAUACUUCUACUACAUAUAUUAUUGUAUUUAGAAUACAAAAAUUAGAUGCAUAAAUAGUAUGAACUAAGUCAUUCGCAACUAGUAUGUGGUAAUUUGUAAGAGAGUAUUAAAGGCCAUAGACACUUAAUAUAAAUUUAAAAAAUAUUGGCAUGGCAGAAUUAAGUUAAAGUUACUUUAUACAUUAUAACUUGUAAGUAUUCAAAUCAAUAUUAACCUUUGUAUUACACUGAUAUUAAAUGUGUGAUGUUAGCAUAUCUAAGAUAAAUGUGUGUGUGAUGCUAUCAUAAUAUAGUCAUAGUUUUUAUAUACCACCUUUACAUUUGCGAUAAGUAAUAUACAUACUUACGAUUAGUAGGUAGUAAGUUAUAAUUACUCACUAUUAUGCUACGUUUUAAGAAAACCCUUAGGGUAUUUAUUUAAAAUUUUUUCUCUGAAAAGCCGGGUCCGCUGCGCCUUUUUUUCUUUCGGCUUCGCCUGCGUAGUCAUAAAUUUAACAAAUUAUGUACCAACUCAAAACAUGGUCGAGGAUCACGCAACCUAUUGGUACAUAGUUAAAUGCAAAUUUUUGAAUUUACCUCGAGCAGACACCCAGACAGUGAGACAGACGCGGCGGAGAACUUUCCGUAACCCAUAGUAUAUAUUUUUUGUUUUUGUUAUUCAUUUCUAGUUGUAAACAAGCCACGGUUAUUUUAGAAUUGUAAAACAUGUUAUAUGCGUGUGGAGCGGACCCGGCUUUUUAUUGACGAAUAAGUUAUAAGCAGUCACAUUGAGCUGCCUAGUUAUUUUUUAGAUGCUCAAUAAUAUUAUAUCAUUAAGAGAUUGUAUUUGAGAAUUGUGUAUUAGAUAGUGAUGUAGGCUAUAUUAGUUUAUCCCUGGAUAAACUUUGUAAUAGAUACAUAAAGUACUUCUGUACUUAAGUUCUGUACGUAAGGGGAGGAACCUAUUACAUUUUAUUUAUUACCUAGGCAACCUGGGUUGGCGCGUGUUUUCAUUUGCAGCUAUCUCCAGUCUUUUAAGUUUGUUUGAAUUAUUUAAGAUAAAUAGAAUUCACGUUUUCUUUUUGUUUUGAAAUUUGAUAAGUAUGAGUAAGCAUUUAAGGUGGACAAUACUUUACUUCAAAAUUAUUCUUUAUGGAACUUAGUUAUAUAAGUUUAAACGAAUCUUGAAUUAUAAUUAAUGUAUCAGUAUUUUGUACUUUGUAUUAAAAAAAUAGGUGAAGUAAUUAAUCUUUUAAUACUUCCAGUAAGUUGUUUUAUUUAUAAUUAAAAUAAGUAACUUUAACGGAAAUACCACAUGACAAGGAACUAAAAGCUGUGGCUCGUAAGAUUUAUAUACUUCCAAGUUAUUACGGAUUUAAUAUAAGCGAAUAAGAAAUGUAAUGCCAAAUAUAAAUCAUAUUAUAAUAUAAUCGAUAAAUCGAUUAGUUACCUAACAUAUUAUAUGUAAGUUAGUUGAAGUGAUUCAAGUGAAUGUAAUUCAAUAUAAGCAUUUUCAAAUAAAUUCUCUUUGUAGCAAA